ACUCUAUAGCAGCCCCAGCAUUAGAGACAGCAGCUGGCUUUGGAUGUCCAACCCUUUUUCUUUGGAAGGGAGAGGAAGGCAGGAAGACACGCAGGCAAAAGGCUACUUCAAGCCACCUAGGAAGGAUGUGGGCUUAUACUGUUGGUUUUACUGUCCUGCCUCAUGUUGGAGGUUUCCUUGGCUGGUUCCUUAAUCGAAAAGAAAUACCUGCUUGGUAUGAGAAGCUGAAAAAGCCAUCAUGGUGUCCAUCCAGCAAAAUAUUCCCUGUUGCUUGGACUGUCCUGUACACUGGCAUGGGCUAUGCCUCCUACCUGAUAUGGAAUGACCUGGGUGGCUGCAGCAGCAAAGCUAUUGUCCCACUGGGCCUCUAUGGGGCUCAGCUGGCCUUGAACUGGGCUUGGCCUCCCUUCUUCUUUGGUGCCCAUAACCUGAAGAUGUGGCCAUAACUUAAUACCUCUACACUCAAGAAGAUGGCAGAAAAGCAGGAGGAGCCCAGCAACACCCAGAAUGGUGAACCUGACAACGCAGAAGAGGGUGAGGAGAAACAGAAGAAGAAGUUGAAGCGGGAAGACCUGCCACCGUUUGAAAUUGUGACAGGGGAACGUCUCCCAGCCAUAUUUUUCAAAUUCCAGUUCAGGAACGUGGAAUACAGCUCAGGCAGGAACAAAACCUUCCUGUGUUAUGUUCUGGAGACCCAGGGCAAAGAGUCAGUGACUUCUCGGGGUUACCUGGAAGACGAGCACGCAGCUGCCCAUGCAGAAAUGGCUUUCUUCAACACAAUCUUACCCAAGUGUGAGUCAAACCUCCGCUACAACAUCACCUGGUAUGUGUCCUCCAGCCCCUGUGUGACCUGUGCCGACCGGAUAACCGAGACCCUCAAGAAGAACAAGAACCUGCGCCUGACCAUCAUGGUAGGGCGCCUCUUCAUGUGGGAAGAGCCAGAAAUGCAGGCUGCCCUGAAAAAAAUGAAGUCAGCUGGCUGCAAGCUGAGGAUUAUGAAGCCUCAAGACUUUGAGUAUGUCUGGCAGAACUUUGUGGAACAGGAAGAAGGAGAGGAAGCAAAGGCUUUCGUGCCAUGGGAGGACAUUCAAGAGAACUUCCAGUAUUAUGAGGAAAAGCUGGCUGAGAUUUUGCACUGAAGCUCACGACCAAUUCAGAAAACAUCUAUGAAGAUGCAUCCGUCUUGGACAUCUGGGACACUCGUGCUUUCCAAAGCUUUGAUCCCAGCUUGGAGUACCAACUUCUGGAAGACCAGGCCCUGGUGGACUACAAAUACAUACAAAACACAUA